GCGAGUCGAAAAGCCAAGAACGAAUAAAAUACAGGUUUUCGCACCGAGUUAUCAAUUCUUGAAACCUGUUACUCAAAACAGUGGUGUCUGCACCUUCAGUUGACUCUUUCAAGAGAAGACAAGACACUUGCAGAAGCAUACUAGAAAAAGAAUAACAUAGGCAAUAGGCCUGUACUUACUACACAAAUCUGAAUUUGAGAUAGUCAAUUGAACUAUUCAACCGGGUGUCAAUUUGCGCUCUGUCUGACACUGUUGGCAACUGUAAAUGGAGAAUCCUUUUGCAGAUCCAGUGGCGAAGUUGACACCGACACAGUCUCAUGAUAACCCUCAGAUUUCUCGUGUUGAUACGGGUGCACUAGAUAAGUACAAUCCUUUCGAGGCUACUGGGGAUAAUAAACAUGGUAAUCAUACCAUUAAUUCUGUACCACCACCUCAAUAUUCUGCUACUCAAGCUCAAAAAAUUACAACCGCAGAGCUUGAACGUCGUCAGAAGGAGCUGGAUGCAAAGGCUGCGGAACUAGCACGAAGAGAAGAGGAACAACGAAUGAGAGAGGAACAAAAUAGGCCAGUAUCCCAAGGAGGUGUUACAGCUAAGAACUGGCCUCCACUACCAUCCUUCUUUCCCUGUACUCCUUGCUUUUAUCAAAACAUUGAAACAGAAAUUAUACCUCAAUACAAAAGAGUGGUCAAAUUUGGAUAUUACUUAUGGCUGUCGUAUGCUUGUUUGUUGUUAGUGAACUUGUUCACAGCAAUGGUAUAUUUUGCCGGUACUUCUAACUAUUAUGGAGGAAGUCUGUUCGGUGUUGCUAUUCUCGUGUUCAUAAUUUGCGUACCGUCAUCGUACGUGUGUUGGUUCAGACCACUAUACAAAGCCUUUAGAAGCAACAGCUCAAUCAAUUUCUUCAUAUUUUUCAUUGUUUUUGGUGUCCAAAUUUUGGUUAUGAUCAUACAGUCAAUCGGUAUCAUAAAUUGGGGAUCCUGUGGAUGGAUCACUGGUUUGGCAGUGGUCAGAUCUAGCCCGGUAAUUGGAGUUAUGUCAUUGCUGGUAGCAUCCAUAUUCACAGCCGUCACGGCAAUAUCGGUUUGGUAUUUUAUACAUGUACAUCGCAUCUAUCGCAGUACGGGUGCUAGUUUUGGGAAGGCUAAAGAAGAAUUCGCUAGUGGUGUAGUGUCAGAUCCGUUAAUAAGAAACAGUGCACUGGAAGCCGGAUUGUUUGCAACACGUCAGGCUACUUCAAGUGGUCCAUCAGCUAACAGAUCCUAAAUAAUACAUUACUUUAAUUCCUUAGUGAAAUUAUGUUUAAUUCCCGAUUGUUUUCUCUCAUAAUACUUUCCACAGCGUCAUUGCCCUAACUUAUUCUCUUGUAUUUUUACUGUGACGAUUUGUUGAUUGGUGUUGUGUUUAUAGUAUUCAUGUUUUUCUAGACCUGAAACUACAUAUUCAAAAACACUCAUCUUCAAAUUGCAGAAUGUUCUAUGAUAAACAAUUCUUCACCAGUUCAUGUCAUCCAGUAAAAGUUGUCUUGACUUCUUAUCAUAUUUUUGAUUUAUUCCAAUUUUUUCAUUCAAUAUUCUUGUGAUAUGACGCUUGCGAUUCCCACAACACUUUUAGGGACUUACGAUCCUUUUACAAUUUAUACUGGUUAGUCGUUUAUUUUUGAUUGCGGAAAAAGACUAGUAGUCGCAAGUAAACUAGCCUUAAAUGAGAAAAAAUUUGUAAGCGAGUAUUAAAAUGUAGUGAACGUAAUUAAA